AUGUCAAUUCCCAAUUCUGCAAGUUUGGAUCCCGGAUCAAACUACUACAGUAUAGUUAUGGGUCUUCCCGCCAUAAAGCUAGCUAGAUCUACUGAAGACGGAUCUGCGCAGCAAACGGAUGAAAAUUCGCAGGGAGAGAGUACAAGUUUCAAUUUUGGAAUUGUCCCCCGCAAGCGCAGAUCAGCUAAACCAAUCAUAUUAGCGGGCUGGAGGAAUAAGGGACUUCCAGAGACAAACAAUCCAGGUAUCCAAGGGCUCCCAAGUACAAAUGAUAAUGUAUAUCAGGGCCGAGGCAAAUCAAUACCUGAUGUGAGUAUUUCAAAUUCUACCGGGGCAAACCGUUCCUCUUUUCGAAGCUUGCGAGUUCGUGGACAAAGAAGAGGUCACAUAAAUUCCUCUCUACUCGGGAAGUUAGACUCCAAAACAUUUGAGGAUUUCAUGGAGCAUGUAUGGAGCACUUGUCCUGGAGAGAGAAGGAAAUCGUUCUAUCGCAUCGAUAGCUUGUGGUUUCACCUUUACUCCAAGAAACCUUCAAGAGAAAGGGUGUUAAAUUGGGUUAAGAAGAAAGAUAUAUUCUCCAAGAAAUAUGUUUUGGUUCCCAUUGUGUUGUGGUCUCACUGGAGUCUUUUGAUCUUAUGCAACUUUGGUAAGACCCUCCAAACUGUAUCUCCUUGCAUGUUGUUGUUGGAUUCCCUCCAAGAAACAAAUCCUAGGAGACUUGAACCUGGAAUAAGAAAGUUUAUUUUGGACGUAUAUCACUCUUACCAAAUACCGGUAACUACGGAAUCCAUUCAAAAAAUCCCUUUUCUGAUUCCUAAGGCAAGUUGUUUUGAGCCUUUUUUUUCUUAACCAAGUGAUAAGGUUGUUAUUUUACUGAUUCAGUUGACAAAUGAUUUCUGUUUCAGAUUCCGCAACAGAGAAAUGGUGAAGAGUGUGGAAGUUUUGUUUUGUAUUAUAUCCGCUUAUUCAUAGAGAAUGCUCCGGAAGAUUUUAGCAUUAGUGGUUCCGAGGGCUACCCUUACUUUGUGAGUUUAUAUGUUAUAUACAUCUGAAGAUCAUAAGAAUUUAGAUUUCAUUUUUUACUUGUCUGUCUUCAUGCUUGAGUAACACUUUUUUCGAAUGCAAAUUGAUAGAUGAAAGAGGACUGGUUCGCCUUCGAAGAGUUAGAUAAAUUCUUGGAAGAACUGGAAGUCGAAAAAAAAUCUAAGAGCUUAGAUGAAUAGACUUCAAUAGUAGCUGCCUGUUGUACAAUUGUUAUAUGUAACCAGAGAUUAGCUCCCUAACUUCGGCAGUUUUCUGGUUUGUUUAACCAUUUAUAGCCAAUUCAUGACUUAGGUUCAAAUUCUGGUUUGUUUAACCAUUUAGAGCCAAUUCAUGACUUAGGUUCAAAUCACCAAAGUACGUUGCUUAGAAGAGAUGGCCUUACAAAGUAAUCCAUUAUUUAUCCUUUUUCAACUUUUGUCUACAGUAAUGUGCCCGUUUGAGUUUAUUUAUCCUUUUUCACCUUUUGUCUAUAAUAAUACCCUUC